AUUCUCCCAGUAUUAUGGAUAUUUCAAUAACCUCAGAAGCAGAAGAGAAAAAACCAAACGUUAAUAACGUGCCAGACUAUAUCAGCGAUAUCCAUACGUACCUUAGGGAAAUGGAGGUGAAAUGCAAGCCCAAAAUGGGUUACAUGAAGAAGCAACCUGAUAUCACAAACAACAUGCGGGCUAUUCUUGUGGACUGGCUGGUGGAAGUUGGAGAAGAAUACAAAUUACAGAAUGAAACCCUGCACUUAGCUGUAAAUUACAUUGAUAGGUUUCUUUCUUCAAUGUCUGUUUUGAGAGGAAAACUUCAGCUUGUGGGCACUGCAGCUAUGCUGCUUGCAUCGAAGUUUGAAGAAAUCUACCCUCCUGAAGUAGCAGAGUUUGUCUACAUCACAGAUGACACGUAUACCAAGAAGCAGGUUCUAAGGAUGGAGCACUUAAUUUUGAAGGUUUUGUCGUUUGACUUGGCAGCUCCAACAAUCAACCAGUUCCUCACUCAGUAUUUCCUACAUCAGGAGACAAACGCUAAAGUGGAGAGCCUAUCAAUGUACCUCGGGGAGCUGAGCCUAAUCGAUGCUGAUCCUUACCUGAAAUACUUGCCAUCAGUCAUUGCUGCUGCAGCAUUUCUUCUAGCAGGCUAUACGGUCACGGGACAAACUUGGCCUGAAUCCCUGUGCAAAGUAACAGGCUACGCCCUUGAAGACAUCAAGCCUUGCCUCAUGGACCUACACCAGACCUACCUCAAAGCAGCACAGCACACACAACAGUCCAUAAGGGAAAAGUACAAGAGUACAAAGUACCAUGGAGUAUCGCUUAUUGACCCACCAGAGACACUAAACUUAUUGUAAUAAUCAAGAGACUGAUCUUUUAAAAAGAUGUAUAUUGCAGGAAAAUGAUGUACAGUUUUAAACAUGGUUCAAAACUCUAGAUGUGAUCACUCAAAUAUUAAUACAGGUUUUGAUGAGCUUAAUUAUGAAGUUAGUUUUAUGUGGUUUUAAUGUAAAUCUUUUGUACAUGCAAUCUUGUUAAAAUAUUUAGCUGGGUUUUUAUAAACAUGUUCUCUUUAAGCACCGAAUUAACCCUGCAGACCAAGUGAAGUCUGAGACUGCUUAUCUAAUUAUAGACUAAACAUUAAUAUUAGCAGUGCAUUAUUACGGUAGGGCUUUUUCUCUUUCCAAGUAGGAAUGACUUGGACUCCACAGCAGUAUUUGUAGCAUUUUUAUACUGUCUAGUUUAAACUGAGACUUAGUAUAGCUCCAAAAAGUGGCUUAACGGCUAUAAUACUGGAAGGAACUGUAUAGCUAUGAGGAGAACGCCUUGCUGGGACUGACACUUGUGAGG